UGCCCUUUCUUUAAGGGUUUGCUCCUCGGGGUCCGUGGGCGCCCACGGCGGCCCCGCGGGAUGAGGGGAGGGAGGUGGAACGGGCGCCCCCCCCCUCCCACCGCCCCCGCGCACGCGCCGCUGGGCGGGGCCGCCGUGUGGGCGGGGUGCCUCCCCUGAGGGGGCUCUCUAUUGGUUGGGCGGGCGGGGCCCGGGCCGGAAGCGCUGCCCUGGGCGGUGUUCCCCGUCGGCGGAGCGGCUCCGCCAUGGAGGGCCCGGGCCCGGGGUCGGGGUCGGCGGCUCCGGGGCGGCCGCUGACGGAGGACGAGAUGGCCGAGGUGAAGAAGGAUGCUUUAGAAAGAAUGCGUCCCUACCUGUGUGAUAAAAUCAUAGCUGAGAGACACUUUGAUUACCUACGUUCAAAGAAAAUACUGACUAGAGAGGACACAGAAGAAAUUUCUUCUCGAUCUUCCAGUAGGAAGAAAACAGGGAAGUUAUUGGACUACUUAGCAGAAAACCCAAAGGGACUAGAUGCUUUGAUUGAAUCUAUCAGACGAGAAAGAACACAAAACUUCCUGUUACAAAAGAUAACUGACGUAGUAUUGAAAGUCAAAAAUGAAAAACUUGAAGCUCUCAAAGGUCUAAGCUGCAGCACCUGUAUGACCUCACUGUAUGGAGGAACAAAUAAUCUUUCUAGAUCAUAUUCUGAUGAAUCUAAUUUUUUUGAUAAAACAAAAGACAAAGAAUCUACUCAGAUACAUCAUCCAGAGGAAGAUUAUAGCACUGCCGCAUUUGUGUCUGCUGUCUCUCUUCAUUCAAUGAAUUUGCCAAUUGCAGAGAUGGGAAAUGCAGAGUGUGCUGUUUUCUCAGCCACCCUUCCAGGGCCUGGAGACCCCGGUGCACCCCCUCUCCCCCCAGAACUCCAGUCAGAGCAGCAAGAACCAUGUACUAGUUCAAGUGACAAUUGCUUUUUGCCUUUACGAUCACGUUCUCUUCAACCACAGUGAACAUAGUGACUGUAGUCUGUUCAUCCAAAUAGUACUGAAAUUUUGUGUGAUGUCUUAUAAAGGUUUAAAAAAUGUUUUCAAACUGUUAACUAGCAAAAUCAGAAGAAACAAUCUAUGCCAUUUUACUGUUUUAAAGGAGUAAUUUUUUUGUAAUUGGGUGAAUCUGGAGCUGUUUGGUCUUAUGUUCGUUAAGGAGCUUUUUUCAAAAGGUCAUGCUAUUAUACCAGCAAAAGUUGGGGUUUUAAACCAACGUAUUUAAGAUUUCACAUUUAGUUGCAGUUAUAGAACAAAUGUGGUGUUUGUUUGUUUGUUUGUUUUUUUUCCCUUACAGAAACAAGCAAAUACACUUUUCUUAAUGUGUCUGUUACAGGUGAAUUGGAGAGGGUGGUUAGGAAAAGUAGUGAGUAUUGAAAAAUAACUUUCUGAACUAAAAGCUUAGGCUUACAUAUCAAAAAGCUUAAACUCAUUACCAAAUUCAGUGUUUCACUGUAGGAUAAACUCUGCCCUCUAUAUAUGUGUGAAACUCCAUUUGUGAGAAGAAAAAAAAAAAAAAAACACAAAAAACAAACAAACAAACAAACAAAAAAAAAACAACACCAUAAAACCAAAUCUGGCCAAAUCUGUAGCUGUGUUUAUUUUCAAGAAGUCUGUUAAUUGUCUGAACUUUGUCCUGCUAGUAAAAGGCACUCAGUAUCGCAGUGAUUUGAUUUAGCAAAAAAUAUACGUCUACAAGUCUUAGCAUAUUAUUCUUGUGUAUAACUUAGAGGUUUCUGAUUUGAGAUGCACUUUAAAUAUAAAUUCUCCUUAGUGCUGGAAGAGGAAUGUAAACUGCUGUAACAGAAUCAUGUGGGCUGUAAGAAAAUGUUACUGUAUAAUGCUAUUAAGGAGCAAAGUUUGUAUGUUUUGUCCCAGUAGGUAAGUAGUGGAGGAGUCCUGUAGCAAGAAAGUAUCCGUACCUGAAGGACUCUUGGAAAUGUUGCACUUCAGAUACCUACUCUUCAAAGCAGAUAGACAGGUUUACAUUUCAAAUUGUUUAGAGUCAAAUGCAUUUUAAACUAUUUCAACAUGGGAAGGUUCUCAUUUCCUGACACAAUGUAACAUGCUGUAUUCCUCUCCUACUCCACUCUUGAGUUGUCAUCUACUUUUUAUGAAGUUGGCCUAUAAUCACUUUAAAUUUACCAGGCAAAGACAAUCUCCUACUUGUAAAUGUGUACAGUUCUGUUCUGCAGUACUACACUUUAAAGUGAUGGGAUGUUUUCAGUAUAUCAAAGGGUAGGUUUGAAUUUAAGGCUUUAAAUUAUUUUGGCUCUCACACAGUGCUAUAGCCAUGUAAUUCCAUUGAAAUUCAAACCCAGGUAAUAUCCCUAAACUGUGUUCUCCUUUUGUGGAGGCAGGCCAUCUGUAGGACCUCAGUACAGUGUCUAAUUUUUUUUUUUUCAUGUUUACUCUGGUUUUGGAAUUAGUUUAAAAUAAACUUCAAAGUUCAACUACACUCCAUACUUAGUAUAUUAAUAGCUUAUAUAUGAUAAAUAUGUGGGCAGUUUAGUGUUUAUGAAGAUCCUUGUUUUUCUUGUAUACAUGUAAGGUCAUGGACUGUCAGGACAGUGAAAAUUAUUUUCAACAGAACUGCUUUGUUCAGAGGGCACUCUUGAAGUUAUUUGCCUAAAUAUGCUAACAAAAUUUUGCUCUCUAACAUGAAAUUAAGGGUAGGCUUAAAUCCCUCUCUUCCAUUAACUUGAACUGUAGUUGUGCCUUCUGAGGAUAUCUGAAAAUUGAUUUGUCUAAAUGCCCACUGUAACCACUUAGAGCUGUGCUUAGGUUUGGGUCCCUUCUUGGAUUCUUGUAAACGGAGGAGAGUGCGCAAGCUUGGCCUUAACUGGAUAGCUCAGGGUGAGGACUGCUUUGCAGAUCUAAAUCCAGACUGGCGAGGGGUGUGCUGCCUGCCCCAGUGCACCCCGCAGGAUGCCUGCCUCUGCAGGGAUUGCUCCUGCCGUGGAGCCUAGUAACCUGAGACUUUACGUGAAUGUAUUAUCUUACCAAACAUUUAUGAUGUACAUCCUUUUUUUUUUUUAAUUGAAAUGUUUUUAUCCCUUUUGGAAUAAAGUUUUUUGUAUAA